CUAUAACAAUAGAUUUUUUUCUAGUCGUCAUAUAUCUUAGUAUAUUCAAUCAGAAAUGGAUAAUCACGCAAUGAUGGAGAAGAUAGAUGUGAAGUCAUGCUCUUCAUUGCUUAGAUUACAGAAUAAUUUUUCAAAUAAUUCAGCAGUAAAUGAAUUGAGCCUUAUCAUUGGGGAGGAAGACCUUAUUUCUCAAAGGUUGUUAAAAUCAUUUCAGGGGCAUCUUUUAGAAGAUUAUUCGCCUAGAAAAGUUAUUGGGGAUGGCAAUUGUUUUUAUCGUUGCUUGUCUCUAGCAAUUUUUGGUCAUGAGGAGGAACAUCUCUACAUGAGACUCUUGACAGCAAUUGAAAUAAUAAUUAAUAGAAAGUAUUAUGAUAUAGAUGAUAAAUUUUACAGUAGUAAUAAAAGAAUAAGUGAUGAAAGAAUUUCCACUACUGAUUACAAUCAUAUUUUAAAUGAUGCAUUGAUGGUAGGAGGCUGGGCACAAAUGAUGCAUCUUUAUGCAUCAAGUGCAGCUUUGGGAAAAGCAUUUCAAUCUUAUCGUCCAUUCUAAUCGUGGGAUGUAUAGCGCAUAUACCACACAAGUAUAUGAAGAACAAGUUCAAUUAACUUAGUUUUUAUGUGGUCGAGUUUAAAUUACCCCGAUAAAUUAAUUUUAAACCAAAUCAUUUCUGUUACCUACAAUCAUUACCAUCGAGUCCUCCACCAAUUAUUAGUCAUUUGUCACCUAGAAUUGAUGUAGCAUCAUUUAUAUUUCCAUUAGUUGAAAAUAAUUCCCAACAUAUUUUUCCACCUCCAAUCAAAUAUCUGCCUAUUAUUAGCUAUUUACCAACUAUUUUAUCUGAUGAUGAUUUACUAUUCGAUUCUCCAAUUUCUGUUGACAAUGAUUCUCCACCUAUCUCACCUUCAAUCAAAUCCCUGUCUAGUAUGAGUCAUUUAUCACAUAUUUCAUCAUCAGCAGACAAUAAUCCUCCACAUAUUUUUCAACCUCUAAUCAAUUCCCCAUCUAGACCCGUUUUGAUGCCAGCUAUCCUUAAUGAUUCACCAUUCAUAUUUCAA